AUGUGUGUUGUUUUCCUCACUAUUCUGCUUUCCAUCAUCACCACUAGUCCUCUAGCCCAUGCUCAACUCGGUCUUGGUGGUAUUGUUAAUCCCAUUCUUGGCCGACCCAUUGUACCACCCGUUGGUGGUCAAGUACCACCCAUUGGUGUUGGCCAAUUACCCAUUGGUAUUGGUCCCCUUCUUGGUCCCAUUACUGGUCCCAUUCUUGGUCCCAUUGCUGGUCCCAUUCUUGGUCCCAUUCUUGGCCAACCCAUUAGACCACCGGUUGGUCAAGUACCACCGAUUGUACCACCGGUUGCCCAAGUACCACCGGUUGGUCAAGUACCACCCAUUGUUGGACAAGUACCACCCAUUGUUGGCCAAUUAGAACCCCUUCUUAACCAACUAUUACCACCCAUUGUUGAAAGAUUAUUACAAGACAUUGUUGGAAGAUUAUUACCAUCCAUUCUUAACGAAGUAUUACCAGGCAUUGUUAGCCAGCUAAUACCGCCCAUUGUUGGUCAAGUACCAUCUAUUGUGCCACCCGUUAGUCAAGUACCAUCCAUUGUACCACCCGUUGGUCAAGUACCACCCAUUGUACCACCCGUUGUUGGACAACCAGCUAAUAUAACUAUACGGGGUGUUGUGUCUUGCUCCACAUCGGGAAAUGCCCCAGGCCCCGGAAUUGGUGGAGUAAAUGUGGCCAUUAUUUGUGGCAACACAACCCUUGCUCAAGUGAUCACAAAUGUUGAAGGUUUAAUAAAUGUUACAUUGAGCACCAAUACAAAUAUUUUGUUUGGAAAUACUUCAACUCUUUCAUGUGUUGCAAGGGUUGCUCUCCCAAUUGUUAAUUGUACUUUGUUGCCCACCUCAGGAAUUCUUCAAGCUCCCCUCAUGCUUGUUGGAAACAUCAUUCAGGGUGUGGGUGGUGUAGUUUUAUCAGCACUUGUGGGGACAUUUAGUUUAGUAACAUUGACGAUAUAGUCAAGCUUGGUCAUUUCUAUUUCUCCACUCCUUAAUAAUGCAUGACUCUUUCACUUAAUAAAUACCUAAAUAAAUACUCAUAUCAUAUGGAAUGAGUAUAAAAGGUCAUGUGUCUUUAUGUUAACUAUUAUCUUAUUAUAUAUAUAAUAAAUAAAUAAAUGGUGUGAGUGGAUAAUUAACUA